UGAUACACAAGACUGUUGAUCUAAAAAAAACAUCUUUAUUUUGAAUAUAAAAAUAUUAAAUAUCAAUGGAAGAUUUUAUUUUGUAAUGAAUAUUUAUAAAAUAUCAAUAGAAGAUUAUUUUUGUAUAGAAAAUAUUGAAGAUUCAUAAAGUUGCACCGGAGAUUUCUGCUGUAUUGUAAAUGCAAUAUGAUAAUUGUUUUUUUUUUUAAAAUGUACAAUCUACAUUAGAGAUUAGACAUUGUAAAUUAUAUUUUCAUUACUCAAUUUUUUUGUUUCAAUAAUAGUCUGGUAUGCCAAAAUUAACUUAAUAUCAAAAGAUGAUAUUGAUGUAUUCUGUGUUGUUAACACAUAAUAAUAAUAUAUGAAAUAUAUAUAAGGAUUGAUUUUUAGUAGACAUGUUUAAUGUAAGUAUAUAUGAAAAAAUUUCAAUUGAAGAUUUUAAGGUUUAGCCCUGAACAGUGAUUCCAUGCCACUGGUACUGCACAAAAAAAUUCAAAGAUAAUGUAAAAGGGUAUAAAAAAAAUACUAGUCCAGUACCAUUAAUGUAUACCCUCAUAAGCAGCAAAAACUAUGUGCAAUAUCAGUCUUGUUGUGAUUUCCAUCUUCUUGUAUGUUAAAGUUAUAUUGUAAUCUCACUAAUUAAAAACCAUCAUAGACAAACUUGCUGAACAUUCUUCCUUCUCGUGGUUUUCCCUGUGCAAUAUUUCAGAUAAAUGAAUGUUUUAAGCUAAACACUUGUUCUUUUUUCUUCUUCUUUCUUUUUUGAAUACUAGCAUGUAUGGCCACGGCACAGCAGCGCUCUCUAGAGGAUAAAAUCCACCAAUACAUGAUUUUCUAAAUGCAUGCAAUGCAGUUUGCUUAAUUGUUUGUUAAUUUCAGGCGAGUGUCAUUAAAAAUGUCUACGUAACAACAGUGCCACGGAUGCUAGACAAGACUCAAAAUCCUCAUCUGAACCCAUAUGUAUUAGUACCACACUUUGUUUUACUCUCAGAGUCGAAAUUAAGGGAAUCUCAUGGUAGAUGCUUUUACAAGCAGGAACAAGUUACCUUUUAAAAUCACUUUCACUUCAAUCACACAGCUUCCAUUCUGCAUUAAACUGCAAAUCGGUGCCAAUCGGGGCUUUCCACUCUUUCACUUCAAUUAAAAUCCAUUUUCAGUGGAUAAAACCUUUUGAGUUACAAAUUUCAGCCUCAAGCUCCCAGUCUGCCAAUCAAAUGGGGGCCAUUCUGACUUUAGUGGAGCCAGUGGUUGUCAUCAAUAAACUGGGGACAUCCUUCUUUGAGAUGGCACUUACACAGACCGUGUACAACCAGUCACUGAAGGCAACAGCAGGAGACAGUGAUCGAGCACAGGCAUUAUCCUCACGCUUUCUUCUUAUUCAGAGUGUGUUGUCCUCUGUGGCGGCCAUGUUGUCCAUUAUACCACUGAGCCGCAUGGCAGACUGUCAUGGACCUAAAGUCUUCCUGGUGGCCUCUCAAAUGGGUUCAGUUUUGGGCAUGUUUACUCUUGUCAUCUUCAUGUACUGUGCAGUUCCUCUGGAGAUUCUGUACUUGGGUUCUUUGCUGCAUGGUUUGAGCGGAGGCGGGCCGAUGUUCUGGGCCGGGGUGGCAGCUUUGGCAUCUCUGAGCUCGGAGCAGGGCAAACGCACUCUUAAACUCAACAUUGUGGACUUCUGUUUUGGGGUCGCAGGGGUCGUGGGCGGUCUCCUGUCUGGAUAUCUGUAUCAGAUGGGACCAUCAGUUCUCCUCCUUACAGCAAUUCUAGUCAGUGUUGCGGCAUUACUGUACUCUGUGUUUGCCCUCACUGACUCGAGACGUUCCCUAUCCGAGAGUGAGCCACUGCUGGCUGAAUCUGAAACUGGGAAAAAGAUGGAUCGAGUCUCUGUAGGCAUGCUGAUGUCAGCCAUGGUGUUGUUCAUUCUAGGCAUGGUUGGGGCAGAAAAUGUGCUCCAGCUGUAUGUGCUGAAGCCCCCGCUGAGCUGGGACUCAGUUUGGGCCGGAUAUGGCAGUGCCACCACCAGCGCCAUGUACCUGAGUAGUUUCAUAGGGGUCCUGGGUCUGUUCAAAUUGUUUGGAGACACAGCCCUCACUCUACUGGGUAUUGUGUCCAACUGUACUGGGAUGGCAAUCAUGGCAUUCGCUGUAGAAAGCUGGGUCUACUUCCUAGCUAGAGGAAUCAUGAUGUUUGCUUGCGUUCCCAUGCCAACACUGCGAGCCAUGCUGUCCAAGAAUCUGCAUCCUCAGCAAUAUGGGCGAGUCUUUGGGCUGCUCCAGCUUGUUCUAGCUGUGACUGAUCUCUUGUCCAAUGUCUUUUUUACCUCCAUUUACCCACUAACUCUCGGCUGGUUCAGUGGCUUCUGCUUCCUCCUCUCCUGUGCUAUUAGUUACAUCAGUGCUGUCCCGCUCAUUUAUCAAAGUGGCAGAGACUUGAGACCUGGAUCCAUUUGAGAUGUUGAACACUUUACAUGAAAAUGUGUCUGUUCUUAUUUUGAUUCAGUACUACAACGCCCCUAAUGUAAUAAGAAAAAUAGGAUAAAAAGUUUAUUUCAUGCUUUUGUGUUUGCUUGCUCGCAAAACUUUUGCAUUGCCAGAGAACAUUUGCAAUCACUCACAAAACCUUUGUGUUCUCACAAAAACUAUUGCAAUUUCUGAGAAAAUGUGUGUUUGUUCACAAAACUUCUGUAUUCUUUCCCAAAAACAUUGAAUUCCCUGAUAAAUUUUGCAUUUGCUCUCGCAAACUGUCUGUUCUCUCGCAAAAGUACCACAUUCCCAGAGAAACUCUGUGUUUGCACACAAAACUUUUGCAUUAGUUCACAAGACCUUUCCAUACUCUCACUAAAAUAUUGCAUGCCCACGGAAAAUUUCAAUGCUUUUGCAUUUGCUUGCAAAUCUUUUGUGUACUCUGAAAACGGUUUUCUAACUUUUCUUUUCUCACCAAAGUUUCAGAUCCUCUUACAAAAGAUUUGUUCACUCACAAAAUGUUUGCAUUGUACUCUUUACAAAAAAAAGUAAUUUCCCUGUGAAUCUUUAAGUUAACUUGCAAAAGCACUGAAAGUUUUUCCUUCACUGAAAGCUACAUUUUUUUUCUCCCACCUUAUGUUAUUUCCAUAACUAGCUUUGUAUUUGCACAUUUGUUCUUGCAGGACACAUUAUUUGGUAAUAUAAGUAUUUUUAUUGUGGAAAUAGUUAUAGGUGUUACUAUAAAAUACUAUUAGCAUUUCAGGACUGACACAUGAAGUGUCUAUCAAGGAAAGUUUUUUUUAUGUUGGAGAGCACCAUUGCAUAUGGUUUUGUAUUGUUACAGUAAAAUAGUAUGAGUAUCUUUUAUGUGUUA